AUGAUGAAGACUACAGAAGACCUAUGGCGAGAUGCAAAUACAGAAAUGACAUCCUCACCACAUCAAAUAGAGCGACAGACUUCCGUGUAUGACAUGGACAUUAAGUGUCACAUCUGUUAUGAACUGUUGGUAAAACCUACCUCGCUUGCAUGUGGUCACACCUUCUGUAGGCUAUGUCUAGUACAAUGGUACAACACCUCGAAACGCUUGGAAUGCCCUGAUUGUCGUUCACCAUGGCAGGAAGUACCGAAAGUCAACAUCUUCAUAAGAGAAGUGUUGCAAAAAGACUAUCCUGAAAAGUUAAAGGAAAGAGAAGAGGCAUUAAAUACAGGAGAAAAUGAUAAAAUAAUAGCAGACUUUGAGAAAUUUGGUCAGCAAUUAAAAGCUAAAGGUCCUGUAGCUGGACUACAGGGUAGGCCUGUACAACCUCCAAGACAAAAUGCAAUAAAAGCAAAGGAUUUCUGUGUAGGGUUCCUAGUAGCAGCUGGGGUAGUGAUGAUGAUGUAUGUGGGAUGGUAUUGGCGUUACAGUAACGAUGGAUUGUUGAUAUACAAGCCAAUCUUACGUUGGGAGCCGGAGGAUGUAGGAACCUGGCUUGAAGAGUUAGGGGCCUGGAGUGCUGAUUAUGCCAGCAAUGCAAUAGAAGAACGAAUAGAUGGACGGCAACUUUUAGUCAUGGAUGAAACUGACCUAUCGGAAAAAUUAGAUAUCAUGGACAAUCUCCAUAGGAAGGUGGUAUUGCAAUCCCUGAAGGAGUUGACUGAAAGAGGAUCAAAGCUGCCAGGAACACUAUGGGAAUACAAGUCACUGCACCCUGGACUUGCCAUACUGUUGUUAUAUGGAAUGAAAGACAACCCUCGCACUACAAUGUUACUCAUGUACAUGUUUGAAUAUGAUUCUGUAUUCAUCCCUUUUGUACACAACACAUGUGCUGCUGAUUCUGAAGCAGGUUUAGACAUGUUCGAUAACAUAACGAGCCGUCAGCUGACCGAGUUUGUAUCCUGUGGCAUAUUCCUCCCUUACUACCUCAUCGGAAUCUAUGCUUAUGACUGGAUGACUACCCACUACUGGAUCAGUCGACUCAUAAUACUCACCUGUAUGAGUCAGACUUACUUGGAGUGUACCUUCAUUGUCAACUUCCUACGAGGCGAAUACAGGAACAUUGCAAUGAGCGGAAAAAAUUAUGGAAAGAGCUUGUUGUCUGGUGUAUUUUUUGUCAUCAUUUGGCCGGUGAUUCCAUCCUUCAUCUGUAACAUCUUCUUCUACGUGGCUCUAUACCUCUCCCCCUACGUAAGCUUAGAGAAGACCUACCAUCACAUCAGGAGUAACAACCCCAGGAACUAG